UCUCCCACUUCUCCUGUAGCUGCUUCUCGGCCAACCUGGCGAGAUGGUUGAUCUCCUUUUCGCUUCCCAUCAUCUCGUCUGCCCGCUCGAGUGUGCGCGCCUCUGCCCCCGAGCGCCCACAGAUGCUGUCCAAAACCACAGCAAUCCUCCGUCAGCAUCUGCUCCGUCGAAAGGCAUCUAUCUUCCUGCGCCGAUUCACCACCGACGGCAUCUCCGGUAUUCGAACCAGCGCCGUUAACCAUCCACACCACGACCCUCAACCAUCCAAGAAACCAGAGCCACCAAGACACCAAACAUAACACAAACAUCAAAAUAGACAUCACCCGCAAUGAAGAUGGAUCGCAACCCUGUUGUUUCCCAUUCCUCCUGCGGAUCAUGGUACCCCGCCAUUCACUCAAGAAUCGCCCUCGUCACCUUCUUUAUGGUCUGCGCAAUCGGCUUCAUGUGCCUCGGGUUCUACGCCUCGAACCGCAACCGCCGGGAGGGAGUUUCCAACCGGCUGAUUCAGGGCCGUCACAACAAGCACCAUGAGGACAAUUACAUCGACAACGAAGAGGAUGUCCCCCACCAGCACCAGUUCCACCAGCACAACCCCGACUGUAUGCACAAGGACAAUUGGACCCACAAGACCAACCUCACGCUCAAGCUGACGGAGGACGGGUGGAGGAUUGUGGAGGAGGAGAGAACGGUUUAUGAGAGGGUGACACAGUGGGUCAUUGGGAUGUUGCAUGACGUUGGGAAGCGGGUGUCCGAGUUAGUGUAUGGCGCCUCGAGGAUAAAGUUGGGAUCGGAGCUCCGUCUGCCCUCGGUGAAGGACGUCGAGUCUGGGGGCGCGAGUCUUCCGUACGGGUAUGCGUAUGCGUAUGCCAAUAGGUAUCGUGAUGGGUAUGGGGUCGGCGAUGGCACGAUCGGUGGGCAGAUUGACGGGUUCAAGGCAGCUGGGGAGAAGUCGGCUGUGAUGGGGGAUGUCGGAACUAUGGCGUGGCCGUGUGGGACGUUUUCGACAGAUCUUUCGGCUUGUCGGCUGCGGAGAAAUGGCGGAGGGACGAUGACAGUCGAGGGCAAGUGUCCCGUCUGAAG